AGAUGAUCGCAUCACUCUCGGCGACAAAUCAAUUGGAUUCGUGCACACGAUCGUAACAGACGUUCUUCAUAAUUUAUAAGUAGAAAGAUGUUCGUCAAGGAGUGUUUUGUAGUCCUGGUGAUCUGCGGUGCGGUCCUGGCCCAGAGAACGAGCCACAGGAAACCUGGAGAUUGUCCACCGCCUGUCGGGUCCGGUAUUUGUGCCUACACCUGUUCCACUGAUAGUCAAUGCGAUGGAGCGACCAAAUGCUGCAGGACUGCAUGUGGAGGAACCAUCUGCACGAUGCCUGUCACAGCCAGACAACCCAAACUAUUAUCCGAGAAGAAAGGAUCGUGUCCUGCCCGACCGACGGGUCCUUGGGUAUGCUCCAGCAGAUGCGCCUUUGAUGGUGAUUGCAGAGGAAGCAAGAAGUGUUGCAAGAACCGAUGCGGCGCAAUGGCGUGCACCAAACCAGAAUAACCUUAGAUUUGGUAUAAUAAUCAGUAAUUAUCUUAUUUAGAUUAUAAAAAUGCAAUGUUAAAACGAAAUUUAUUAAUAAGUCAAU